AUGUCUGGCCCAUCGGUUGUUUGUAUCAAGCGAAAGCGUGGGGAACACGCGCCUGAUGCCUUGCUGCUGGAGCGGCCGGGCAAGAGGCAACAAGGCGGGAUUGGCGAGAUUCAAUACGUACGACAGAAGGACAACAAAGACGAUGGUCAAGUGGAAGAGGCGGGAUUGAAGAGUGGAACGGCCCAACCAGAGCGCGUGACUAGAGGGAAGGGAGACGGAGAGGGAGGGGGAGAGGGAGGGAACAUGUCUGCAAGCCACGGGCCAUGUCAAUCAGACGUCAAGCAGCGCAGAACGUUCCAUCUCAAGCGGCCGGCAAUGCUGGAACCCACUGGCUCUGGAUCCAAGAGGCAAAAGCGGAAGACCGAAGGCGUUGCUACGUUCGUCGAGAGAAGCAUUCGGCAGCCAAGUAGGAUGCGGUCCAUCCCGGACUUCAGCAAGCAAGAAAUGAGUCCGAGCAAACCAUAUUCCAACCCUGAAGCACCCCUGAAGCGUCCGGGGCGGAAGGCAGCGGUGAAUAUCAGUGGCAAUGUCACGUUCCCCACCAGGGCGCGUAAUGCGCAGGUCGAUAACGCUGUGGCGAACAGUCUGCAUGAGUACGCRCAGCAAGUCGUCGCCAAGGAAUCCAACCCAAAAAUCACCGCUAUUCCCAAAUUACCAGCACAGCGGAGCCGGGAACUGCACCGACAGAGUGCGUUACGUAAUGUUUUUAAAAAUGCCGAUGCGGACGGGGAUGCGGAGAUGGAGGACGAAGCUGACUAUGUCUACGACACCUACAUCCUCGCACCCAGCUCUAGCGAUGGCGCUGUGCAGGCGACUGCGUAUGACUCUCUCGGCAACGUGGGCUAUCUAGUCAUCACCGAGGAGGACCAAGACGUGUGGGAGACGUAUCUCGAGGACGAGCCGAGCGAUAAGGAUUGGAACAGCGACGAGGAAGACGAGAAUGCCGAAGACUGGUAUGGCGCCGACUACCCUGACGAGGAGUUGGCGUCUGACGAUGAAUUCGGUCGCAACAAUGAUCACGGCUUCCGCUCUCGCGGCGCUGCAGAUGAUGAAGAGUGGGACGAGGAUACUGGAAACUUCUCCGACGAGGAGUAUGACCGUCAGAUGCAUCCGUGGAAGAAGAUGUCGUCGCAGCUACUCUAG